GAACCGCGCCGCUCGCGGGACAAGCGCCCAGCACCGGCGCAUGGUGAUUCGGAGCAGUCGAAACUGAAGAAGGUCCGAGAGGCAUCUCUCUUCGAUCUGGUGAAGCAGGUGCUCGAGCGCUGGCGCAACGCCACCGACUCCGAUCUCGCGGAUGUUGCUGAGUCGCAUGUGAAGUACACCCCGUGUAGGAUGCCUUUGAAACGGCGGUUCGAGCGGCCUGCACCCCAGGCAAGAGUAGCUGUCAUGGUGGUUGGAGUUGAGCUUCAGCAAAAGUUGUUGCAACGGCUGCGGAUGCUGCCCUCUCCGGGCCCGCAGACCGAGACACCCACGCCAGAUGUGAACAAGAAGCCGAGCCCGUCGAAAUCCUCGCCCGACGAGGAUCGCUUGGAGGCUUUCUCUGCCGAAGCGAAAAGGCUCAAAGAAAUGGUCUUGAAUGCCAAGAAGGCACAGGUCAGGAAGCUCAAAGAAGAGGCUGAACGGUUCAAGGCGCAUAAAGCCAACCGCGUAGUUGAGGUGCAGACCGAGUCCGAUAGAGUCUUGGCGGAGGCGGAGGUCACGGCAGCCAAGAUGUCGCAAGUGACACAGGCGGAUGAGGAAGACGAGACGAAUAAUGUCACAAUGACCGCAGGGAGCGACGAUGAGCAAGAGGAUGACAACGAGGAGGAAGAAGCCAGAGUCCUGAACCAGCUGGAGCUGUCAUACGAAGGCCUUGAGUUGUCGCAGAUCAUGCCUCUCCCCGCAGCAGUGCGGUUGGCCACAGGCCACAUCUCACACCAAGACACGAUGUCAAAAGCAGACAUCCCCGAAACCGGCUUCAUGGAGCGAGAAGGCGUCGAGUUUGGCCGAUGGACACGGCCAUCUCCAAGUGGGAACGCAGAGUGGACGGAAGAAGAGUUGGAAGCGGAGUACCGCGAGCAUCUCCGAAAUUUGAAGAAAGUCUGCUGA